AGAGCACGCGAUCCCUCUCUGCUCACAUUCCUCCCAGCUUCAAUCCGAUCAAAAUGUCGAUUCUUCGCACUUCGCAGCGCUAGGGAUUCCUCUGAAGGGAUUCGCAUUCAUGUCCAAAGUUGGUAUUGCGGAUGAUGGAUUCGGGAGUGGUGGCUGCGCUGACGAAUGGCAUCAAAGAUCACUUUUCCCUCCACCAGAAUGGCGCGGGGGCUGAGGUCUCCCAUAAACAACCAUUUGUGAUUGGUGUUGCUGGUGGAACUGCCUCUGGCAAGACAACUGUUUGCAAUAUGAUCAUUGCCCAGCUCCACGACCAGCGUGUUAUUCUUGUAAAUCAGGAUUCAUUUUAUCAUUCACUUAGCGAUGAGCAAAUAGGAAAAGUUAAUGAGUACAAUUUUGACCACCCAGAUGCCUUCAAUACGGAGCUACUGCUUUCUUGCAUGGAAAAGUUAAAGCAUGGGCAGGCAGUUAGCAUCCCGAAUUAUGAUUUCAAGAGCCAUAAGAGCACGGAACUAUCACGUCAGGUCAACCCCUCAGACGUGAUAAUUUUAGAGGGAAUUCUAGUUCUUCAAGAUCCUCGUGUCCGUAAUCUCAUGAAUAUGAAGAUCUUCGUUGAUACAGACUCUGAUGUUCGGCUUGCACGGAGGAUACAACGUGACACCGUAGAGAGAGGGAGAAACAUUCAAAAUGUGCUCGACCAAUACGCUAAAUUUGUAAAGCCUAGUUUUGAGGAAUUUAUACUGCCGUCCAAAAAAUAUGCGGAUAUCAUCAUUCCUCGAGGAGGAGAAAACGAUGUUGCAAUUGACUUGAUCGUACAACACAUUCACACAAAGCUCGGCCAGCAUGACCUUUGUAAAAUAUACCCAAAUGUUUUUGUUAUAUUUUCAACUUUCCAGAUACGUGGAAUGCAUACCAUCAUACGGGAUCUUAAAACAACAAAGCAUGACUUUGUAUUUUAUGCAGAUCGACUAAUUCGCUUGGUUGUGGAGCAUGGUCUUGGUCACCUUCCAUUCUCUGAAAAACAGAUAAUUACUCCAACAGGAUCUGUAUACUCUGGAGUAGUUUUUUGUAGAAGGUUGUGUGGAGUCUCAAUCAUUAGAAGUGGAGAAAGCAUGGAGAAUGCUUUAAGAGCCUGCUGCAAAGGAAUCAAAAUCGGAAAAAUCCUCAUACAUGGAGAGGGCAACAACGGUCGGCAGUUAAUCUAUGAGAAGCUACCGGCAGACAUUGCAAGCCGCCAUGUGUUACUGCUCGACCCGGUUCUGGCUUCAGGGAAUUCUGCUGUCCAAGCCAUUUCUCUGCUGCUUAGUAAGGGCGUGGCUGAAUCCAACAUCAUCUUCCUUAACCUUAUAGCUGCUCCGGAGGGAAUUCAUGCUGUUUGUAAGAAAUUUCCAUUACUAAAAAUAGUGACAUCAGAGAUUGAUUUAUCUUUGAACAAGGAUUUACGUGUAAUCCCUGGCAUGGGUGAGUUUGGGGAUCGGUACUUUGGCACAGAUAAUAGCGACGAAAUCCAAACACCUAGGUUCACAUAAAUGACUCUCUCUCUCUCUCUCUCUCUCGCUCUCUCUCUCAUGCACUGCAUCCCCAAGUUUUGUUCAGUGACAGAAAUGUUGUUCUGCCAUGGGGGGAAUGAUGCAUGUUGUGAGCAACAAAUAUAUUGCAAAAAUGCUCUCCUUCUCAAAGUUUAAAUGUACUACAAGUGUUCUUUUGUUUUCAACAUCUAGAGUUAAGUGAAAUAAAGGUGAAAUUUUGGUCUA